GUCAUUCGUUUUUUGAUAAGAAUUGAUGAGGAGCCUGAAAUUGACAUCAAUGAAACAGAUACUUUGUGGGGAGAAACAGCUUUGACCGCUGCUGCCGGGAGGGGAAAACUGGAAGCAUGUGAGCUGCUACUCGAACAUGGUGCUCUAGUCACAAGACCUAACAGGAGAGGGAUACCCCCACUUUUCUGUGCUGUGCGUCAGGGACACUGGCAGAUAGCAAAGCUUCUAUUGGAACAUGGUGCUGAUAUAAAUUUAAGUGACAAGCAAAGCAGGACACCACUCAUGGUGGCAUCUUGUGAAGGACAUCUGAGCACUGUUGAAUUUCUAAUCUCUAAAGGUGCUGACAUUUCAUUACUGGACAAGGAAGGCCUGACAGCAUUGAGCUGGGCUUGCCUCAAAGGACAUAAGAAUGUGGUCCAAUAUUUGGUUGAAAAAGAUGCCAAAAUAGGCCAAACGGACAAGAAUGGAAGAACACCUUUGGAUCUAGCAGCAUUCUAUGGAGACUCAGAUAUUGUGCAGUAUUUAGUAGAGAAGGGGGCAGUAAUUGAACAUGUUGAUAAUAGUGGAAUGCGCCCACUGGACAGAGCCAUCGGAUGUCGAAAUACAUCAGUCGUGGUCACCCUGCUUCGAAAAGGAGCCAAGUUAGGAAAUGCAGCAUGGGCCAUGGCUACUUCAAAACCUGAUAUUCUGAUUAUCCUUCUACAGAAGUUAAUUGAAGAAGGAAACAUAAUGUACAAAAAAGGGAAGAUGAAGGAGGCAGCACAGCGGUAUCAGUAUGCCUUAAGGAAGUUUCCUCGAGAGAGUUUUGGAGAAGAAAUGAAAGCUUUCAAUGAACUCAGGGUUUCCUUAUAUCUAAACUUGUCAAGAUGUCGCAGAAAAACUAACGAUUUUGGCAUGGCGGAGGAGUUUGCUACCAAGGCGCUUGAUCUCAAACCCACCUCCUAUGAAGCAUAUUAUGCUAGGGCAAGAGCCAAGAGGAACAGCAGGCAAUUUCAGGCAGCCCUCACGGAUCUGCGAGAAGCCAUAAAGUUGUGCCCUGGAAACCAAGAAAUCAAGAGACUGCUAGCUCGAGUUGAAGAGGAGUGCAAACAGCUCCAGAGAACUCAGCAACAAAAGCAGCAGUGUUUUCAGGCAAUGCAGCAGAGCAACGACUCUGACUAUGAGGGUGAAGUACUUGUGCAGGAUCACUUCAGCCUGGAAGAGAUAAAAGAGGAGGAAUUUUUGUGUGAACAGAAACCUGGUCCAGCUAGACCAAGAUUGCCACUUUCCCAGGCUUCUUUAUCUUGCAGUAGAAACCCUCAGGAAGGUACCCAGCAGAAAUUUAGGCCUGUAUCUCCUCCAAACAGAGCCAGCUGUAAAUAUUUGCGAGAGCCUGGCUUGUCUAUGCAGCCCACGAAACAAGCUCAGAUAGUAAAAACCAAUCAGCAUCUGAAUUCUGUCCAGUCUGGAGCAAGACCUAGUUCUAGUCAGUCUGGCACAAAGGUUCAGCCUCUCCAAUAUCUUCCUCCAAGUCCUGUGACUUCCAGACACCUUAUGAAUCCAAACAAAGCCCAGCACUUGGAUGGGGCACACACAGUAUCGGCAGGCAGUAGCUGUGCACUCUUCAGUGAAAGAUUAGCAGCUGGCCAGAUUCCCUACUUGCAGCACAGUGACAAAGGAUCUUCUCACUCUUUCAUGAGUAAGUCCAAAACACAUGAGAAGCUGACUGUGCAUCCUCCUCCAUCAUUAAGUCAAGGAACUGGUGAAUUAAGGCAGCAAAGUAGUGCCAGUUCACUUUCGGUCAGCAUGGUACCUUCCACUUCAACAAGCAGCUUGUCUUCUAGCAGCAGCUUUUCUGAGUGCAUGGUAGGACAAAAUCCAGACACUCGACUCAAGGAGAACAAAGCUGGUCAAGCUCAGAGUGGAUCAGUAGAACACCGGUCUCGCAGUAUUCCAUUCAUGGGGAUCAUGGAUAAAACUGUACGCUUCCAACAGCAGCAGAUGAACCCAUUAAAUCGCAGCUGGCACAGCCAAGCUACAGAAGGGGUCCUGAAGAGUUCUGGGGCAACUUUAUCUGCAAGCUGUGAGUUUUCUUCCAAACCACCAAGCAACUCUGCAAAUCAGGGUUCAACUUUCUCUUCCUCUUCCAUAAUAGUAGGAGACAAUGUCCAAAAUGGAACUCAGUCUAAAGAACUUGAGGAACUAAAGCACCAAGCAUCUGCCAGCCCACAAGAUAACAGGAUAGGUAAGCCAGUGGCUCAUUUAUAUCAGGAAGCUCUCUCCAAACAGCAUUCUCAGCUUAAUAAAGACAUUCAUUCAAGUCACAUCACUUCCGCAAAACCAAAGCGAUCUUUUGUAGAAUCUAACGUAUGAUUUGCUGUUUUAUUGCAAAUUAAUAACAGGGAUGAACCACGGCUUUUGGUUGUGCAAAAUUUACUGCAAUAGUGGCAUAUAGGUUACUGCUAUUAAUCGUAUUUUAGGGAGUAGUAAACAACAAUGUGAUCUCAUAGCUGCAGUAUGAACAUUAACCCAGCUACUCAUAAUAUCCUAUAGUUUUAAUUGAGAAAUGAGUUCUUAAGCUGUUUGUUAACACAGUUGAAACGUUCCAUCAUUUAUGCCAAACUCUGCAAGUGUGGAUUUAAGCAGCCUUGGGCAGUAUAGCAUACUAAAAUUUUUUCUUUUUUCUUUUAAAAAUCAGCAGUCCUAAGGCUGCAAUGGUAUAUACACUCACUAGGGACUAAGUCCCAAUGAACAUAAUUUACUUCUCAGACAACUAUAGGAUUGUGCUAUAAAACUCACUUUGUACAGUCAUGUAUAUUGUUUAUUGUUUAAAUUGGAUUAAUUUGUGGGAGAUGACGGAGUCCACGGAACAUUCACUUUUGUCCAUGAAUAUUUUCUUAGAAGGAAGACUGUUAUUCUCCCACUUUUGUAAACAUGGCAGGCAUAACUUCUAUCAUCUCUGCAAAUAUUUCAGCAGCCAUAUUUUAUUCCAUGCAAUUGAGGCUGACUAUCAUCACUGCAAGGCAAGAAGUAAAAUUUUGCAUGCAUUUUAUUCAACAUCUUUGUUAUUGCACUGAGUCAUAUGACAAGUUAACAACAUACAAACAGCACUUUACAUAGUUUAUCUAAACAUCUUUUGAGGUGUUAUGUUGGAAAAAGGAAGAGAAAUACAGGUCAUAGAGUAUUUUUAUAGAACAUCCAAUUACUAUCUGACAUAAGCUUACAUAAAGGCCAUUGAUACUUUCCUCAGUAUUGCAGUAGGAAAUAUCUAUUUAAAUUACAAGAUGUUGUUGAGGAGACUAAUUUGUAAGGAUGUUCCUGUAAGUAAUAAAGGCUGGUUAUAUAAGCUGGAAAUUCUGUAGCCCUUUUAACAAAUUAUUCCCACAUGUACAGUAUGUAUGUUACAUUAUAACAACAUCUUCACACUUUUUUUAAAAAAAAA